UCCUGAUUUGCUUCUGUAUUUUCUUGCCUGAGAUACUUGGUCAGGCAGACAUAUUUAAAUUUAGAGCUGUAGGGAACCUCAGCAUUUUGGACUCACAAGGAACAACUCUGUGAAGUAAGACCUUUACUGAAAUCCUUGCAAUCUACCCUGGUUACUUCCUCUCUUCAAAAUGUUCUGCGGGGAAUAUGUUCAAGGAACUAUCUUCCCAGCUCCAAAUUUCAAUCCGGUGAUGGAUGCCCAAAUGCUAGGAGGAGCACUCCAAGGAUUUGAGUGCAACAAAGACAUGCUGAUUGACAUCCUAACACAACGCAGCAAUGUCCAGCGGCAGAUGAUAGCUGGGGCCUAUAAAAGCAUGUAUGGCCGGGACCUGAUUGUAGAUCUGAAGGAGCAACUUUCAUCUCACUUCAAAGAAGUGAUGGUGGGCCUGAUGUAUCCUCCACCAUCUUACGAUGCUCAUGAGCUCUGGCAUGCCAUGAAGGGAGCAGGAACUGAUGAGAAUUGCCUCAUUGAAAUAUUAGCUUCGAGAACAAAUGCAGAGAUUUUCCAGAUGCGAGAAGCCUACUGUUUACAAUACAGCAAUAACCUUCAAGAGGACAUUUAUUCAGACACCUCAGGACACUUCAGAGAUACUCUCAUGAACUUGGUCCAGGGAAACAGGGAGGAAGGAUAUGCCAAUCCUGCAAUGGCUGCUCAGGAUGCAAUGGUGCUGUGGGAAGCAUGUCAGCAGAAGACUGGGGAACAUAAAACCAUGAUGCAGAUGAUCCUGUGCAACAAGAGCUACCCACAUCUUUGGCUGGUUUUCCAGGAAUUUCAAAAUAUUUCUGGCCAAGACCUGGUGGAUGCCAUCAAUGACUGUUAUGAUGGUUACUUUCAGGAGCUGCUGAUUGCAAUUGUCCGUUGUAUCCAGGACAAACCAAGCUAUUUUGCUUACAAAUUAUACAGGGCAAUCCAUGACUUUGGCUUCCAUAACAAAACUGUCAUCAGGAUUCUAAUUGCCAGAAGUGAAAUAGAUUUAAUGACCAUAAGGAAACGUUACAAAGAGAGAUUUGGGAAAUCCCUCUUUCAUGAUAUCAAAAAUUUUGCUUCAGGACACUAUAAGAAAGCACUGCUUGCCAUCUGUGCUGGUGAUGUGGAAGACUACUAACUAGGGGAGGGUUUGAAGGUGACAGAAUCCUCUUUAUAGACACCAGAUAUAGACCACUGGACUUGUGCUGUCAUUGACAUUGAAACAAAAUUAUAAAAUCAUAUUUUUCUUCUAACUCUACAAUUAUUCUGAGACAAAAAAAAUCUACUAUUGGAAAUGUGUGAUCCUGGAUUUGUAGUCCUUAUUCAAUUAGUAAUUAAUUAAAUUGUAUAUGAUGGAAUAAGAAAAGCAUUGCAUUGGAGUCAAUUUUACUUAAAUGAGAACUGUCAGUUCUGUCAACAAGAAAGUCUGCUCAUGUCUCUCUUAAUAUCAGUUUGAAAUCUAUAAAAUUGAAGCAUCUGAUCACUCAGUGUGUGACCACUAUCAAAGUGACUACCCCUAGGUGCGUGACCACCUUCAGUGUGCAACCACUCUCAGUGUGACUACCCUCCAUGUGUGUCCACCCUCAGUGCAUGAUCAUCGUCAAAGGAAUUGCCUGGACUCUUGGACAAACACAAUAAAGCUAAAGCCAAGGCCCAGAAUAGCCUUUUAAUGAAAAUAGAUAAUCACAAAUAAACUGUACCAAGAGGCAUACUCCUGAAUUACUUGUACAGAAACUUGAAUUUAAAAGUAAGGGUUU